AUGGAUGCACAAACCAUAGCGGAUACAUUAGUGAACAGCGUUACAGGUUGGGGACUAUGCAUGGAUGAUUUAGUAGGGCAAGGAUAUGACGGGGCUUCAGUGAUGAGCUCUUGCAAGAAUGGGGUGCAGGCUAAAAUUCAACAACAGUUUCCAAACGCUACAUACGUUCAUUGCCGAUCACAUGUUUUGGCUUUGGUAAUUGCUAAAGGUUGUAAACAAGUUCCAGAAAUCCAGAAUCUAUUUGAUAACGUCGAGAAACUGACAUGGUUUUUAGGCGGUAGUGCUAAGAGGAAGGCCUUGUUUAAAAGCUCAAGCGAUUCUCAUGAACUUGGUGAUUUUCUUAUUGAGCAAGCUGACCAUGAUGAAGAAUUUGACAUGUCGAACACGGCACUUAAAAGAGGAGUAAACAAAAAAUGUGUUCCAAAGUUUUGCUCAACUCGUUGGACUGCAAGGAUUGAUACUCUCUCGGCUCUUCUUUCAAAGUACAAGACGGUUUUGGAAACACUUGAAAAGAUUCAAGAAGCCAGUAUUGGAGACUCGAAAAGAGAUGCGGGAUCUUAUGCUCGACUGCUAACCGAUCCACAGUUUCUUGUCUCACUUGUAGUGGCUCAGUUCAUCUUGAGCUAUUUCGCGUCCGUGACCAAAAGUCUACAAGCUGUCAACUGUGAUCUAGGCUCAGCCUAUCGUGACAUCCACUUGUCCAAAGAAACUGUGGCUAAGGCACGCUGUGAAUCAACAUGGGAUAAACUUUAUGAACGAAUCGAGUCCAUCGGCAGUGAAAUUGAUGUGACUAUAGUCAAGCCAAGGACCACAAAAAUUCAACGCCACAGAUCGAAUGCUGGCGCAGAUGUUUCACAAGGUGCCAAAGAUUACUUCAGGGUGAACGCAUUUUAUCCGUUUAUUGAUCAUCUUCUUCAAGAUCUCGACUCCAGGUUUUCCGACCAGCAUAGUAAUCUAGUGGCUGCUGAAGCACUCAUACCCGUGAAUUUGGAACAUCUUACACCAACAUGCAUGGCCAAAAUAAAUGAAUACUAUUCAAAAUUUCUGAAACGGGGAGAGUAUCUUCAAGUUGAAGUAGAGAAGUGGAAACACUUGUUCCAACAUACUCCAGUAGAGUCCAGACCAGCGGAUGGUUGUACCACUUUGGCAGCCUGCAACAAAGUGUAUUUCCCAGCAAUUCACCGAAUUCUGGUGAUAUUCCUCACUACUCCUGUUGGCAGUGUGGCAUGUGAAAGAUAA